AUGACAUCAGAUUUGAAGCAGAAUGUUUACAAAUACAAGGAGUAUGACCCUCAGUUUACAGCAGACAUCAGCAAAAAAAUGCAAAUGCCCGAUCGGCUGGUUCCUGGUGGUGGCUUCCAUGAGAUGGAUGCCUAUGCUUCUGCUAAUCAUCAGUCAUCAUACCUUAAUUAUAAGGACAGGGUGACUGCAAAUUAUGACCUGCCAUUAUCUAAACUUCCAUUCGAGGAGUCACAUUACAUGUUGGCCACACCACCGAGCAGGCUGACCAACUUUGGAGGAACGACAUUGGCUGAUGAUGAGGAUGACAACUCUGAUAGCGAACUUGAAAAAGUAAGGAGAAGCCUCUGGGAAAACAUGCCAAAAUCACCCAAAUAUUCAAGGCUCAACAGUAUAAGCAAAGCUCAUAGAGAUUAUUUUCUAGCUGAUGUUGACGAGGGCAACGAGGAGGUGUCCCUACCUAUGACCCCUGGCACCAUGCUGCUCAUGCAGAAGGGGGAUAAGUUGGCCGCCCUUCAAAGACAAGUCGGCAAAUUAGCAUACAGAGUAUCAAAAUUGCAGGAUGAGAAUCGCCGACGCAAGGCAUGCGAGUGGAUCUUAUACCCACUUGUCAUUGGCUACGUCUUCAUCCAAAUUGGAAAAUUUGUUUUUUCGAAGCCAUAUUGA